CUGAGCUUCAGUUUGUGUUGAAUACGACAAAGUUAAGCUAUGCCAGAUCCAGCAAAGUCCGCACCUGCCCCCAAAAAGGGAUCCAAAAAGGCCGUUACCAAGACACAGAAGAAGGGAGAUAAGAAGCGCCGCAAAACAAGGAAAGAGAGCUAUGCAAUAUAUGUGUAUAAAGUGUUAAAGCAGGUCCAUCCAGAUACCGGAUAACACAUCUCCUCCAAAGCAAUGGGCAUAAUGAAUUAUUUUGUUAAUGACAUCUUCGAGCGAAUUGCUGGCGAAGCGUCACGUCUUGCCCACUACAACAAGCGCUCGACAAUCACAUCCAGAGAAAUUCAGACUCCUGUGCGCUUGCUUCUGCCCGGGGAGUUGGCCAGGCACACCGUUUCCGAAGGUACCAAAGCCGUGACGAAGUACACAAGCUCCAAGUGAAACGGCCAAAGACAAGGAGCGCAAGAUUUAUUUUCUGCAGGAAGAUUUGAGCUGUUUGUGAUUUAUGGUGUUACCUGCCUUACUCUGUUCCUGACAAAUGGACAAAAGGCGUUAUAUAAUUGCAGUAGCUUCUGUUGCAUGUGUUAAAUCAUAUUCAGCCAAUACACCACUGGGAAAAGGAAGUGUACGUGUCUCAUCAUUUGUAGUGCCCCGCUUGGGAGGAGCCGCUCCCACUUCAAAGAGUAACCCAGUGUUACCUUGAUGCAAAAUGUGACAGGUGUCAUCUGCCAGUAGAGUGCUUGGCAACAGAAUA